AUUAAUUUCUCAAUAAUAAUUUGUUUCAAUAAAAUACUGAAACUCAUCUAAGCACAAAAAGAGUUUGUAAAUGAAAUAUAGAGCUUGCUUAAUAUAAAUUUAUUACAAAUGGCGCAACCUCCGGCCAGAAAUGUGUACCUUCAAGUCCUUAAAAACUUUAUAAACUCAUUCAAGAUUGGAAGAGCAAAUAUUAAAGCAAACUUUAUUGGAAAAGAUCACCUAGGCAAUAAGUAUUAUGAAACUCCAGGAAAUCCUAGCAUUGGUAAACGCAAAGCGAAUAGAUAUUUUGAGCCAACAAUAAAAGAAAAGUUUGAUCAGGAAUUACCUGCAGAAUGGGAAGCAUGGUUGCGAAAUAGACGCACGGAACCACCAACUGAAGAAGAGAUCAAUCAUAAUUUGAAAAUAAUUGAAAUGAAGCAAAAGAAUUCUAAAUUAAUAGAUGAGAAAUUCAAAACAGACAAGAGUGGUAUUUUGCAAAAGCCGACUACUGGUCUGGAGUCAUUUCCACAGUACUCUGAAUAUCAAUCAUUUCCUGGAGAUGAUAAAAAAUAAAUAGAAAAUAUGUAAUAUAGAACAAUCUGCAAAUCAAUUGUGAUGUAAAUAAUUUAAUAAGAAAUUGUUUAUUGUAGUAAUUGUAUAAUA